AAACUUCCGAACUUUAGUGCCAGCAGGGCUGGAUGGCAGAUGGAAGGUGGCCCACCUACAUGCAUUUGCUGUUCCUGCCCCUCACUCCGUUUUCAAAAAUCAAAGGAACACCUGAACCUCUGAUAAAUAUUUAUCUACCACCUGAAUGAGUGAAGGCGAGGGAGGGACAGUGUUGUGAAAGUUCAUCUUGACCACACCCCAGCUGUCACUCCCAGAUAAAACUUGGCUCCCAGAGUGUCUCAUCCCGGGCCGCAAGGGCUACAGCAGCAGAGCCAUGCCCAGGUACACGGUACAUGUGCGUGGGGAAUGGUUGGCCGUGCCAUGCCAGGACUCGGGGCUCACGGUGGGCUGGCUGGGUCGCGAGGCUGUGCGGCGCUACAUGAAGAACAAGCCUGACAAUGGCGGCUUUGCCUCAGCCGACACUGUGUGCUUCCUUGUGCGCCGGUGCAAGGGCCUGGGGCUGCUGGACAAUGAAGACCUGCUCGAGCUGGCUCUGGAGGACAAUGAGUUCGUAGAAGUGGUCAUAGAAGGCGAUACCAUGUCCCCCGACUUCAUUCCAUCUCAGCCAGAAGGCGUCUACCUAUACAGCAAAUACCGGGAGCCCGAAAAGUACAUCGCUUUAGAUGGAGAUAGUCUGACCACAGAGGAUCUGGUCAACUUGGGAAAGGGACAUUACAAAAUCAAGCUCACCCCAAUUGCUGAAAAGAAGGUGCAAAAAUCCAGGGAGGUCAUAGACAGCAUCAUCAAAGAAAAAACAGUUGUUUAUGGAAUUACCACUGGUUUUGGGAAGUUUGCCAGGACUGUCAUUCCCAUUAGUAAGCUACAGGAGCUUCAGGUCAACUUAGUGCGAUCACAUUCUGCAGGUGUUGGGAAGCCCCUUAGCCCUGAGAGGUGUCGCAUGCUUUUGGCUCUAAGGAUCAAUGUCUUGGCUAAAGGAUACAGUGGCAUCUCUCUGGAAACACUCAAGCAAGUCAUUGAAGUGUUUAACGCCUCCUGCCUGCCCUAUGUUCCAGAGAAAGGCACUGUUGGCGCCAGUGGGGACCUGGCCCCACUCUCUCAUCUGGCUCUAGGCCUGAUCGGAGAAGGGAAGAUGUGGUCUCCAAAGAGUGGCUGGGCUGAUGCUAAAUAUGUUCUGGAAGCUCAUGGAUUGAAACCAGUUGUUCUGCAACCUAAAGAGGGCCUGGCGCUCAUCAAUGGGACACAGAUGAUCACCUCCCUGGGUUGUGAAGCUGUGGAGCGAGCCAGUGCCAUUGCACGCCAGGCGGACAUCGUCGCGGCCCUGACUCUGGAAGUGCUCAAGGGCACCACCAAGGCCUUCGAUACUGACAUUCACGCUGUUCGCCCACAUCGUGGACAAAUUGAAGUUGCUUUUCGGUUUCGGUCACUGUUGGACUCAGACCAUCACCCAUCGGAAAUAGCAGAGAGUCACAGGUUUUGUGACCGGGUCCAGGAUGCAUACACCUUGCGCUGCUGUCCACAGAUCCAUGGUGUGGCAAAUGAUACAAUAGCGUUUGUGAAGGACAUCAUUACCACAGAACUGAACAGCGCAACAGAUAAUCCUAUGGUCUUUGCCAGUAGGGGUGAGACAAUCUCUGGAGGAAACUUCCAUGGUGAAUACCCAGCCAAAGCCCUGGACUAUUUGGCCAUUGGUGUCCAUGAACUUGCUGCCAUUAGUGAAAGAAGAAUUGAAAGGCUGUGUAAUCCCUCGCUCAGUGAGCUACCUGCCUUUCUGGUGUCUGAAGGGGGUCUGAACUCGGGAUUCAUGAUAGCACACUGCACAGCUGCAGCCCUCGUUUCUGAAAACAAGGCUCUGUGCCACCCUUCAUCCGUGGACUCUCUCUCUACCAGUGCUGCCACAGAGGACCAUGUCUCCAUGGGAGGGUGGGCAGCGAGGAAGGCCCUCAGGGUCGUGGAGCAUGUGGAGCAAGUGCUGGCCAUCGAGCUUCUGGCAGCCUGCCAGGGCAUAGAGUUUCUACGUCCCCUGAGAACAACCACUCCACUGGAGAAGGUCUAUGACCUAGUGCGCUCUGUUGUAAGGCCCUGGAUGAAAGAUCGCUUCAUGGCCCCAGACAUUGAAGCAGCUCACCGGCUGCUCCUUGAGCAGAAGGUUUGGGAUGUAGCUGCGCCCUACAUUGAAAAGUACAGAAUGGAGCAUAUUCCAGAAUCACGCCCUGUUUCUCCAACAGCCUUUUCCCUGGAAUCGCUCCAUAAGAAAGCCAACAAAGUCCCAGAGUCUGAGGAUCUUUAGUGGGCUCUGUUUUGGAUUAUCAGGUCAGAUAGCUUGGUUGAACAUAAAGCAGUACUGUAAUGAAAAAGAACUAGGAACUUUCUUGGUAAAUUCACCCAUUUUAUAAGCAAAGCUUAUUUCCACUAACGCUUAUUUGUGAUCCAACUGGUGGCAGAAUUGCAGGUGCUAAAUUCGCAUUGUGUCCUUGUGUUUCUUGCAUCCUUUAUUUUCUCUUUGCUUUAGCAAACUCCCCACUAGCUGACUUUUAAAAAUUGAUCAUACUAUGCCAUGUUAUGACAGAUGUCCUCUAAUAUGCCUUCAUAACCAUUUGAAGUGAUCAUUUGUCCCAAAACUGCUUGCUUCCGUUAAUUGAAUCAUAAUAA